AUGGCAGAUGCUUCAGAGACUUCAGACACUUCAAACACCUUUACCCUUCAAGGGGUCGGGGCCAGUAGUGUCCCUGGAUCCAUGCCAGCCCAAGAAGACAGGUACACUAUACUUCUACCUGAUGAGCUCUCGGGGCACACGGACAGCCUAGCCUUCUUUGCCAUCUACGACGGACAUGCCUCAGAUAAGGUUGCAGAACAUGCAAGCAAGAAUAUCCGGCGGCUUCUGAUUAGCAGUGGCGAGUUGAGACAGGGAAACUAUGAAUCGGCCAUCGAACAAGCAAUCCAAGCCGAGGAGGAGGAGCUUCUGCAAGGGUUUUGGGCUGGCGAGGAAUUGUUCGCCGUCGCCGGAUCGACUGCCGCCCUCGUCGUGGUGAACCUAACCAGGGGGAUCUUGGUGGUCGCCAAUCUGGGAGAUUCGCACGUUUUGCUGGGAGAGGCCGACGGGGCAGAUCACACCUCCCUGAAAGUCGAGCGAAUAACCACAUCCCACAAGCCGGAACAUGCUGGGGAGAGGCAUCGCAUUGAGUCCGCCGGGGGAACCCUCAACACCGAUGGCGGUGUGCCACGAGUUGGGGGGUUGAAUAUGUCGCGGGCGCUGGGCGAUUUGCAGUAUAAGUCGCCGCUAAAGGAUAUCGGGGAGCAGUCCCUAUCCAGCGGUCAGGAGAAGGCAGGCAUCGAACCAACAAAGAAGGGGGAUUUGGUCUCCAGUUACCCUUCUUUGAAACGAUAUCCGCUGCAGUCGGAUCGUCGGUACUUCUUGGCGCUGAUCACAGACGGGGUAACCAAUACAAUGGAUGACGAAACCAUCAUGCAUCAGAUCGCGCGGAGCAAGCAAGAUGGAAUGGAUGCAGACAAGGUGGCCGCUAAGAUCACCGAGAAGGCUUCAGGAGCACCCGGCAGUGACAAUGCCACCUGCGUCACUGUGUUCCUGGAUGGGCACAAUAUACGAAAACAAGAAUGUACUUUGCUGUUCGUUUUGCUGUGCAAAAUGUUCGAAAGUGUCGUGUCACCAUCGCAGGUCCGUGGUCGGGUACCUCGGGUUCAACCGGCCCCAGGACCGGUCGCUGCGACCAAUAUCAUCGAUAUCCGCAGUGAUAAAGCAGAGACUCAACUGCGCCAAUCGCUAGAGGCUUCCAUCCACGCGGCUUGUCAUGGUGAUGCUGCCAUGCCAGAGCUUCUCCUUUGGGAUGAACAGGGACUCCGCUACUUUGAAGACGUGACGUACGCUCCGUCAUACUACCUGACCAAUGAAGAAAUCGGCCUGCUCGAAAAGCACAAAUACCAGAUCGCACAACACAUUCCGUCCGGUAGUAUGCUGGUUGAGCUAGGCAGCGGAAAUCUCCGCAAGAUCAAGAUUCUUCUAGACGCUCUAGAUGAGUUGGGUCGGGAAGUGGACUACUUCGCGUUGGACGUUUCGUAUCAGGAGCUCCACCGAACUCUUAGCACCGUGCCUCCAGGAACGUUUCGCCACGUACGCUGCUUUGGGUUACUGGGAACCUACGAUGACGGUCACAACUGGAUGCAAUUGCCCGAAAUUCGUUCGCGAUCCAAGACCAUUCUCUCCCUGGGAUCAACAUUGGGUAGUUUCCAGCGGCCGGAAGCCGCCGACUUCUUGGCUAGUUUCGUCACCCCCGAAAACAAUUCGUCGCUGCUCAUCGGCUUGGAUGGAUGCAAAGAUGCCGAUCGGGUGCUGGCCGCCUAUAACGAUUCCGAGGGGUUCAAUCGACGGUUCAUCAAGCACGGCCUUGAACGCGCGAACGAGAUCCUAGGGCCGGAUACCUUCGAUCUCGACAAAUGGGAUGUUAUUGGCCGCUGGGAUGCAGCGCAGGGAAGCCAUAACCAGUACUAUGUCCCCUCAGAUGAGGUGUCUCUAACGGGAGAGACCAUUCCAGCGGGCCGGAGCAUCUUGGCAAUCAAAAGCCACAAGUACGAUGCUGACGACAGGGAUGCGUUGUGCCGAAGAGCAGACUUGGCCGUUAGCGAUGCAUGGGCAUCCAAGAACCAAUACAAUUUACUGUAUCUUGAGAAACCAUAGGGUGUCACCCACGAG